UUUGACUGUUCCAUUUGAAGGGCCUAAUUCUCAGACUUAACUGAAGCCCUCUAUUGACCGCUAAAUGUAGAGUCUGCAGAGCUUAAGACUGUUUAUUUUGAGUAAUCAUGAUGGAGCAAUACAUCGAACAAGAAAAUGAAGACAUUGAACAUGGGGUUACCAUUCAGCAAGUCGUUGAGAUUACAUGCCAAACAGACCCAAUUGGUUGUACGUCAGUAUUGCUCGGUGGAAUGGUGGAGAUCAUUCAGGCCCAAGAUCUUGAAAUUCCAAUACCAGAGGCGCCACCAUCGAGUGAGCAAGAUAUCAUUGUCGAUGAUCAAGUUAAUCUAGCUUCUCCACAGGCAACAUGGAUCAAAAAGAAAAAGGCUCAGGCAUCAUUCAAACGCAAUAAACCAAAACUUCUUGAUGGCCUGGGAUAUACGUACAAUGUCAAAAGGACGCGUGGAUUGGCCACUGACUGGCAAUGCACUGUAAGAAGUAAAGCUCUUACUUGCCGAGCGAUUGUCAAACAACAAAAUGGCACAUUUACUCCAGGUCCUCAACCACAUCUCCACUUUGCUGAGCCAGGUAUAUCUUCUCGCAAGUUGGAAAAUCUGACGUCUCCAUUAAAGAAAGAUAAAAAAAUGACUGCAAAAAUGAUGAAAGCCAUGAAAGGCAAAAAGGCAAAAAGCAAAGGAAGGAAAGGCUCAGAAAAACAAUACUACUCAAAUUAUGUAUUCGGACAACCGAGACUAAUUGAAAAGCGCACGGGACACACAUACAACUUUAAGAAGUCUAAUGGAGAUACUGCUUAUUGGAAUUGUUCUUUAAAUAGUAAAAGCUUCAAAUGUAAAGCCACUUUGAAGCAGAAAAAUGGAGAGUUUACUGCUGGCUCUGAGUCCCACUGUCAUGUCGGAAGGGGAAAUACUACUAGUACCACUGCACCAAAAAUGCUUGUCAAAACACCGCAGUGUAAACGAGACAAGAGUAUUACUAAACAAGCUUGGGACAUUGUUAAUGCCAAGACCAAAUUACCCAAUCCAUGUGAGUCACAAGAGCGAGAACUCAGUGAAGAAGCUUAUGCCGCAGGUUUCCGAAUACUUCAGGCAGCAACUCAUCUAAGUCGCCCACGACUCAUUGACAGUCAGGGAUUCACGUACAACAUCAAAAGAGCUAGAAGAAACACUGUUGAGUGGCAGUGCACUAUCCGCGGCAGGAAGAUGUGCUGCUUGGCCUCGUACAAAGAAAUUGACGGAAGAUUUACAGCAGGACCCCACGCUCAUCUUCACACCGCAAAGCCAGGAGUAUGCUACAAAACCAAAGUAGCGGCCAAGAUACGUGCCAAGGCUUUAUCUGACCUCUUCCAGCCGACGUCGGAGAUUGUUAAUGAGGUCCUCCUGCAAGAGGUAGCGGAGAAGCCAAGUGCCACCAUCCUGAAGCCUGAUAACUUAACACGAAUGGCCAGCAGGGCCAGACAGGCUUCCAAAGCCAAAUUUGUGAAUGACAUACUUUAUGGGGUCGCUGGUUUCAAACCUCAUCCUGGUGACGACGAUUAUGACGGUAGUGAUGAUGAAAUUGCAAGAGAUGAGGACAGUUAAAUGAAAAAUUAGGUGACUGCUGGAAUUGUUUGAACUCGGUGGUAACCAGAACUACUCAUCCACUUCAUUCAACUGUGAAAUCUCAGGCUGCUUGAG